AUGGAUCAAAUGACUAGUAAGGAGCUUUUGAAUAGGAUCAACAUGUAAUUGAAAUCAGCAGUGACUGUAUAUGCCAAAAUCCAAUUGGUGAAUUAUAUACUCAAUUCGAGUCCAGAAUUUAUAGACAUGUAAAAAAGGAGGGCUAAUUUUAGGGUUGGAUAAUCAAGUUCAAUGAAGAUGAUUACUUAAUAUUUGAGAGAAUCUUUGAAAUGCAUUUAGGGUAAUGAGGAACUUGUGGAUAAAAUAUUUAUGUUGUUGUUGAGGAUGAAUUUAAAUGAUUAAAUGCUUCGAGAAUCUGAAAUGGGACUUUUGUUAAUAAAAAUAAAGGAAAAAAGAUUAUUUGAAGAUUAAAGAGCAAAUGUGAAUGAUCACAUCCAAUAAAAAUGGAUGAAGAUUUAUGCAAUGUAUAGAAGUGGAUUGGAAGAUUUAAAAAAAAAUAACAAUUAAAAGGAUAAAUAUGAAGAGCGCAAAAAAAAAGUGAAAAGGAAUCAAUCAUCAAGUUCCGACGACUCAUCUAAUAAAAGGAAGAAGAAUAGGAAGAAAAAUGUUCGGUAUGUUUUGAGUAUUGAAUUUUCAUAGGUUUGCAAGAGAUGACAUACUCAUGAAUUACAAAUAUUUUAAAAGGGAUGAUGAACCUAAUCAAAGAGGAAUGACCAUUGAAGAAGUAAUUGGUUUCCAAAAAUUAUAUUCAGUUGAACUUAAAAGACUGAAUCAAAUAAAUGGCUAUGAUAUCAAACACAGAGAAUCCAUGAUGGAAGGACAAGAACAUAAACUCUAAUUAGAUAAUAUCCAAUAAAUGAUUGAAUAAAUUCCCUUUAUUAGACCUUUGAGUAUUAAUUCCUUCAUUAUUUUAGAAUUACAUCCAACCUUUAUUGAAGUUUAUGAAACCAAUUUCAAAGAAACUCAAAAAUAAUAAAGCAGAACAGAAUCCAAAAUGUCAGCCUUCUAUAAUAGAGACGUAUAUACAUUUUUAAUAUCGAUCUAGUAGAUUCCAGACCAACCUGGGUAUAGUGAAAUUUCCAAUACUCAAUCAGGAAUGCAACCUAGAGCCAUUCAUUUGGAUCCUCCAAAGAGAGAAGACCUUGUGUUUAUGGUUCAAAUCAUCUGUAAUCGGGGCUUCACUGAAUUAGAGGAAAAGCACAAGAAUGCAAAUAAAAAAUAAAUCAAAGGAAUUUUGAAAAAACCCCAAGUGGAAUAAUCCAAUUAGAAGGAUAUCAUGUUGAAUCAGGCAAAGCAGGAUCUCCAACCCAAGAUGCAGCAAUUGGUUCAGAUGGUUGAGCAGAAACAAAAUCAUAGCCAGGAAAGCAUUCGUAAGAAUAUUAAUUUAUUUAAGUCACUUUAUUACAUGAUAUUAUAUAAAAAUUAAAGGAAAUUGGUGAGGAAUAAUAUAUAAAAAAUUUUAAAUCAUUCCUUGAAACUAAGUUGAAUGACAAAUAAUCAAUUAUAACUGAAUAGGAACGCAUUAAAUCUCAAUAAGAAUAAUAGAGAACUCGCAUCGAACAAUUAUAAACUAUCAAUCCCAUUCAGGCUCAGAGAUUAAGAGCCUACAAAACCAAGCAUUGUCACAAUUUUCAUUCCUCCAUUGGAUGCACAAGAGGAGAUAAUUGUAAUUUCAUACAUGACUCUCGCUAUCCAGGAAGACCUGCUCCAAUUCUUCAAAAUCCCAAUUUCCUUAAUAAAACCCUCUAUCCCUAGUCCUCUAUGCAAUCAAUCAUUCCCCCCUUGCUCCAAUAACUAAACCCUACCUAUCUACUUGGAAGGCUAAAAAAGUAUGAUAGUUUAUGA